GAAACUCCCUCUGUUUCAAAGAGGAUCUAAAAUUGAGGCAUUAUAAAAGUGAGCCGAGUUCAACAUUCAGACUGUAUUUUUAGCUGGAAGAAGCGAGCCAAGCAGCCAGAACCUUUAAAGACAUCUGCAAGAUGAUCCAGACAGAAGUUGUACUUGAAGCUUUAAACGUGCUCUGCCAUGCCGGAGUUGAAAGACCAGAAGAUGGACUGGAAUGUGACGCUUCUGGAGGAAGGUCCAUGAAAGAGGUGACCAUCCAUGACUUCAUCCCUUUAGCGCUGUGUGGUCGUAGAAGCAGGAACCAACAUGUCGCAGGAGCAAAUCCAGACUGGGAGUCUGACUUCAGCCUGCCAAAUGACAUCCGUAAACGUGGUGAUGGACGUUUAGGCCUCCAGCCCAAUUACAACUGGUCCAAGAGUCACCUUGACCCACGUUUCGACUAUGACUUCACUAAGUUGAACGACACUAGAGUAUAUUUCAGAGGUGGGGAGAAGUACAAACGCCCGUGUGGUUGGCAGCGUUUUGCCCUCAAGGUUCUGGAUGAGUUUGGUGACAACGCCUGGCUGGGAAACCAAUUCCGCAGCACCCAGUCAGUGUCGGGGGAGUGGCCUGUGUCCUACCAUGGGACACAGGAGCAAUUUGUGGAAGCCAUCAUCGGAGAAAACUACAAGAAAGGCCCCGGUAAACAUUAUGGCCUGGGGAUUUAUUCUACUCCAAACAUCGACAUAGCACAAAAAUACGCCGUCGAAUUCACCGCCAACAGCACAAAAAAGAAGUACAAGGUGAUUAUGCAGAAUCGCAUCAACCCCGAGGAGCGGUUGAUUUGUAAUAGAAAAGAUUUCUGGCUGGUUCCCAUUGACGAAAGAACAUCACUGGAAGAGGAAAAAGAGAUAGUCAGAAAGGCCAUCCGUCCUUAUGGCCUUCUGUUGAAAGAGGUGUGAUCACUUAUUUGUUUUGUUUUUUAAGUGCUUCAUUAAAGUUUUACAAAAUACAGGUUAUUGACAAUUGGCAUACAUUAGAGAGCGAAAAAAAACCCCACAAAAGACAG